AUGGCAGCUGAUGCGGUAACGUACACUCUACCUAAACUACCAUACCCGUACAAUGCUCUCGAGCCAGCUAUAUCGGCUCAGAUAAUGGAAUUGCACCAUUCGAAGCAUCAUCAGACGUACGUGACCAAUUUGAACAACGCCCUGAAGAGCUUGGCCGUGGCCCAGCAGGCCUCCGACAUUACUACCCAAAUCCAGCUCCAGUCCGCUCUAAGAUUCAAUGGUGGAGGCCACAUUAAUCAUUCACUCUUUUGGCAGAACCUUGCGCCGCCUGGCUCGUCCGCUGCAAACCCAGCAGCCGCGCCACGGCUAUCUGCUGCUAUCACGCAAACGUACGGAGAUCUGGAAUCUUUCAGAAAGAAGUUUAAUGCUGCUCUGCUUAGUAUUCAAGGCAGCGGGUGGGGCUGGCUCGUCAAGUUUGAGAAUGAGAACGGCCGAUUGGGCAUCGUGACUACGAAAGACCAAGAUCCAGUCGUCGGCACCGGAGAGGUGCCAGUAUUUGGCGUUGACAUGUGGGAGCAUGCGUAUUAUUUGCAGUACUUGAACGGCAAAGCUGCUUACGUGGAGAAUGUUUGGUCGGUCAUCAACUGGAAGACUGCGGAGGAACGUUAUGUCGGAGCACGGGAGGAUGCUUUUGCCGUGCUCAAAGCGUCUAUGUAG